CGUUUCGUUAAAAGAUAGAUGUUUUUGAUAUUCUGUAAAAUUGGUUGAUUGCGUACAGUGAUGUUAAAGCGCUAUGAAUACUAAAAGUGGAAAUAAUUUGGCGAUGCGUGCAUUCUCGGAUACUUGUUGAGUUCGUAAAACAACUGUGGUAUUGUGAAAGUGCAGCAAAACGUAACGUGUGAUGUGCAUUUUAGCCAAGAUAUUCAAGGUUUGCUGGUGCUUACUGCACAUCAAUAACAAGCGUAACCUUCUGGUGGCGAUAGCAGUGUGCAGUGCGAGAUUCUGGCUUAGGACCAUUUUCCCCGCUGUUUAGCAAAGUACGGUCGAUCGGUUAGCACCUUCUGGAACGUCGGUAAACCGUUUACCAGGAUCGGUUCAAUGAGGUUAGCGUGCGGAAGCAAAGUGCAUAUGCGAGAAGCUAUCACUGCUAUUACGCACCCUACAUCUCGACCAUCGUAGCUUCAUCAUCCAGUAGCCAUUGGCAGUAGCAUAAACCCACCAGGCCCCCUCCGUCGACCGAUGUUGUUGCUGUGUGUCCGUUCGUUCAUCGAAGAAGGAGUAAGCGGAACAGUGCGUUUGGGGUGCGGAAAAGCAUUUGCAAGGGCCAGACUAAACGAUUUAUUUUGGAUUUGUGGCCGUCGAACGCGAGGCAGCUGAUUGUGCCCGUGACGUGUGUGAGAAUCGUGAAAAAGAAAAACAUCAAAACGAUACCGAAAAACGCGCAUAGUGAAUUGUUGUGGUGUAGUGUUUUUUUCUUCUCUUGUAUGUGAAACCAUCGUGUGUGCGUGCGUGUUUAUUUUGGUGUUUUUGGCGGUGCGUAGAAAAGGUGCGUGAUUUCGUAACAACAAGCACGGUGGUCGUGACACAUAGUACGGUUGUGAAUGAGUGAAUCGGUGUGUUCGGAGUGUUUGUGAAACUGCUGCAGCCAGAGUGAGAGAAAGCGCAUCGUAACACAAACAACGCUCAGCAACACAAUCAACAGUGCGUGUGUGUGUUCCGUUUUUGGAAGCAAGAUUCGGUGUGUGUUUAAUGUUGUACGCGUGAAUGUGCGUGAAAGUGUUGUCUCUAUUAGCAUAAUUGUUAAACAUUAGCUGAGAAAACCGUCGUGUUUGUUCUCAUUUGCAACUGCACCGUAACCCGUUACUGAACCACGGUCCUUAACAACUACCAACGGUAGCAAAUUGAUAACAGGUAGAGCAAAACAUCUUCGUAAAGGCAUUGUGGGAUACUGUGGCGCACAAAGAUGACGAAAACAGCGCCGAAAGUAGCGGAGAUGAACGGGACGGCCAAGGCAGGGAAACCUGUCAAAGAGAAGCGAAGGAACAAUGAAAAACGCAAGGAAAAAUCACGUGAUGCGGCACGCUGCCGACGUUCGCGUGAGACGGAGAUAUUCCAAGAUUUGGCCAGUUUGCUUCCGAUGCGUCCGGAAGAGGUUGAGCAUUUGGAUAAAGCGUCCGUGAUGCGUUUGUCGAUCGCAUUCCUCAAGGCUCGCAACAUGCUGGAACUCUUUCCAGAUUUCCAAUCGGAAGGAAAAAUCACUGUCAAGGAAGAUAACGACGUUUCCAUGGAUUCGAUGGAUGAGUUUAACUGCAAUGAAACUAAGUUGAGCUUGAAAUCUCUUGGUCUGGAACUCGAAACAAUAGCAAUGCAAACGCUGGACGGUUUUUUGAUUAUUCUCUCGGCGGACGGCGACGUAACGUACAUUUCGGAAAAUGUCAGUGAAUACCUUGGCAUUUCACAGAUCGAUAUCAUGGGUCAACCAAUCUGGGAUUACAGCCAUCAGUGCGACCAUGAUGAGCUGCGGGAAGCCCUGAACGGUCGGCGCCACUCACCGUCGGAGCUGUUGAAUGGUGUGGCGAACAGUGAUUGCCGUCCGAUGGAAAAUCGUGAUUUCUUCCUGCGGCUGAAGUGCACACUGACAAGCCGCGGUCGCAGUGUCAAUAUCAAGAGUGCUUCGUACAAGGUGCUUCACGUAACCGGUCAUAUUGCGUGUAAAGAUAAGGAGGGUCAGCGUCAGCUGGUAGCUAUCGCUCGUCCUCUUCCGCAUCCGGCCAACAUCGAGGUACCGCUUGGAUCGAGCACUUUUCUCACGCAACAUACGCUGAGCAUGAAGUUCAGCUACGUUGAUGACAUGAUGCUUUCCCUGCUUGGCUACAAGCCAUCAGAUUUGCUGGGGAAAUCAUUGUACGAUUGUCACCAUGGUACUGAUGCAGAGCAUUUGAUGGCCACGUUCAAGCAUGUUAUCAGCAAGGGACAAAGCGAAACAUGCCGCUAUCGUUUUCUGGCCAAGACCGGUGGCUAUGCUUGGGUUGUUACACAAGCCACCGUCAUAUACGACAAGCAAAAACCGCACAGUGUUGUAUGCGUUAACUACGUCCUAAGUGGUGUGGAGAACAAAGAUGACAUUUUAUCGUGCGCCCAACUGGAAGCACGCCAGCAACGUUUGUCAGAAGAAGCAGAACAGUGUACAGAAAGCGGUAAUAAUAGUGUCGUGUGUAGUAGCAGCGACCAGUUGUCAAUUGAACAGUGUCCAGCAGCGAUUUCUCUGCCGUGCGUCGCCAUCGCUGGUCUAGAGCAAGUGAAAGCAGAACAAACAAUACCAAUCCCAGUGCGUUCGUGCAUUGCUGAACCAUCAUCGUACGUUGAACUUAUCGCCGCUAACAGUGCUGAACAGGCGAAACGGAACGAUCCGUUGUUAGCUGCAGGUGGUGAAAAGGUGUUGUUGUGCGUAAAGAACGAUACGUCGGCGAUAGUGUCGAGUGAACCCGUGCAGAGUACCCGUAUCCUGCGCGAGCAGAACAGCAUUCCGACCGUGCCGAAACCAACAUCAACCAGCCGUCCAGUAUCGGUAACGGCGUCAAUCUUUACCAGCCUUCCGGCUGGUGCAAGUGGUUCCGGUGCAGAAAAAUCACGUGCUUUUAACAAACCAUCCGUCAACGGUCUGUCACCGCAACAGCAAGCGUCGGCGAUCGCACACCUGCAGUCCGUUACGGCGAAGCUGUUCGUAACGCUUCCUCCGACAACCGGUGGCGCUAGUACGACAGGCUGUAACGUCGCCGGCACUGGCGGUGGAGUCACUGGUAGCAAACCUCAGCACGCCACCGAAAAAAUAUUCGCCCCACGGACGGAAGAUAUGAAUAAAGGAUUCUUGAUGUUCUCCGAGGAAGAGCCUGGAUUGACCAUGCUUAAAGAUGAACCGGAUGAUUUAACGCAUCUGGCACCGACUGCGGGUGAUGCUUGCAUUCCGUUGGAAGAAUCCGGUACCUUCUUCAAUGAGAUGUUCGAGGAUUUCAUCAUACCGGACAGCUACACGUUGCUCCAGGACGAGCUGUGUUCGCUAGACUCGCAGGACACACGGCUCGAAGCGUCAUCGAUAGUGGUACAAUCUGGCACGAUCGGCAUCCCGGUGACUGCCAGCGACAGUCUUACCAGCAGCCUCACCGUGCCAUCGGUUGCCUCGUCACCGCUUGGCUGUACCACACGCGGAACGGACGGCGUACCGACCCUCGUAAUGCCCAACACGAGUGCCGGCAUAAAUGGCAACCAAGCACACCAGAACAACCAUUCGCCAAACUCCAAUGCGUCGUGCUCGUCACCGUCGUCUGUGUCGUCGUCACCCGUGCCAUCGUCACCGAGCAGAUCCCACAUUUCGUCCAAUCCCAACUCACCCUCGGGUACGUCGGGACUCGGUUCAUCCGCUUCCAGUACGGUUUCGACCGGUGACGGCCGUCGCCAUUCGACCAUCGGAGGCAACAAUCAACAUAAUGCCACCAGCAACGACCCCUUCAUCAAUUAUCGGGACGAAGUGAACGAAGUUAGUCCCUCGCCGCAUUUACUGUCGCCUGGCAUAUCGAAGAGUCCCGAGAGCAGCAGCCUACCGUCUCUGUGUAGCCCGAACGGUUCCCUACCGGAGGAUGAACUUGCAUUUAUGAGCCUUAACAUGGACGAGCUCGAUCUGUCAAUGCGGGCACCGUACAUCUCCAUGAGUGAGGUGGAUGAUCUACCGCUGCUCACCUCGGACGAUCUGCUGUGGGGUGUACCGGCAGCCACGAUCGAAGGCAAUCAUGCUGGCACAUCCAUCAGUGCGUUCGGUCUAUCGGGGAAAUUUUUCAUCAAAGACGAAUUCUCCACAAUCGGAACAUCAUCGAAUGGUGCGUCGGACAACAGUUCCCUAGUGGACCAUCAGGACCCAUCGUCCGGUUCAUUGCAAACAACUUCCCAACACUCCCUGACAGGGGAUAAAGAGCACAGUCUCCUCAUAGGCGGAGUAGUGGAUACGGCCACUUCGAAUACCAGCCCGACUUCAAACACCAGCCACGGUACCAUCGAACUACCCGCAAACAAUAGCAAUAAUGACAGUAAAUCAACGCUGACAACUGCACAACCCCCACCGUCAAUAGACUCUAGCCUGGCGGCACUCUUAUGCGGAGGAAAUGUCAUCAGCAUACAAUCGGAAACGUCCAACGUAUCGCAACAAUCGCAAUCCAUCGGUAAUCAGAUGCUGAUACCACCGACUGAUGGCACCGUAAAUGCCGGAAAUCAGCAGGAACAGCAACGCCACAACAACCAGCCACUACAGCACCUCCACGAGCAGCAACUGCAACUAAACAGCGCACAACAGCGACCAGAGACGGUUCCAAAUGCGAAGCGCAUCAAGCUGUCGGAACAAAACCUUCUUCAACACUCCAUGGUUGUGCUGCCAGCAAACGUAAAGCUAUGUGAAACAUGGAAGUUCGACGAUUUGUUACAGCUGAACGGAACCGUUACUACCAAUGCGAAAGGAACCACGCAACAGGGAACGGUACCGCAGACAAACAUUAUCGCAUCGUUCGUCACUACCGCCACAAAACGGUCUCCCACUGCUGCUGGCGGUGUGAAUGGAAACAACAAGCGCACCCUAACCGGUGUUAGCGAAUCCACCGGUGACACCGGCAACAGUUGCAAGCGUCUCAAAUCGUCCGGCACAACCAAUACAACAGGAACUCCAUCAUCAGCACCUCAGCUACUGCAGCAGCUAAUGGCACCGUCGCCGGUACCACAAAAGCUAAAGUCCAAGUCCCGAUCGUCACAGGAUGCUAACGGUGGUGGACGCUGGCCAAACGGUCAUGCGGGCAACAAUGGUGGACUGCUACAGGAACAAUCCGGCAAUUCGGUGCUGAUGAAUCUACUCGUCAGCGGAUGCGAUCAAACCAUCCCCUUAACUCCACCGGAAGUUUUAAUUGAGAACGCCACGGAGCUUUCCUCAGAUGGCAAUGAAAUGCAGUGCGAAAACACGACCGGUGACAUGCAUUUCAAUCUUGGAGACGAGGAUGACAGUGGCAUACUGUUCAAUUCGAUCAAUCCAUUGAUUGGUGGCCAACGCCCACUGAACGAUCCGAUCACUCGCCCACUCACGAUUCAGACAGAUUCCAUGCUUUCGGCUACAGUCGCUAAGGAUAACGAUGCCAACCGCUUCAGAGGAUCUGGGAAACUAUUCAACACAUCUUCAGCUACCUCAAACCAGCCGGCAGCAACAGCAGGCACAACCGCAAUGGAUGAAUUCUCGAUGAUCGUUUCGCCCAGCUUGCUGACACCGAACGAUAUGGAAAUAUGGCGCGCCAUCCAGCAGGGUCAGCUCGAUCCGAAAAAGAUUCCCUCACCGUACGUGUACGGUGGUACGGCUGGAGGGUACAUUCCGAAAUCGCUGUCCAGCACACCGACCGCACACCUUUCGGCCGAACUGCUCGGUGGCGAUUCUUCCGAGGGAAAUCUGCUUGCCGCACUGGACGGCGAACUUGGUGAGAGUUUGGAUGAACUUGGCACAACCAACGGCGAUCGUAUCGGUGCGUUCCGUACGAUCGUAGCAUCCGACGAUGGGAGGCUGCUCCAAGGGAUGUUGAUUUGAUUACUGGAGACACUUUAAGUUCGGUCGUUUGUAUCGAUUUUUUUGAACCUUUCUUUCGUUGGUUUUAUGUUCUGUAUUGGGUUUUUCCUUUACCAUAGUUUCGUAAGUCAUGCAUUCUUUCCUGAUGAGGGAAAUUUACUUAUAUUUCUGUAUUUUUUUAUUCGAUUUUGCAAGUUUAAGGAAAGUUACGAAAAAGUGUUGACAAAAUCUCGAACAUGCGUUCUUAUCAGAGGGAAGUGAAGUGAAUCGAACGCAUCUGGAUUGAUCAAAGAGCUAACAAAACACAAUCAACUUCAAACAAGGUUUCAAAGAAUGAGAAAAAGAGCUUAUAGAAAUGGCAAAAAUGAAUAUCCUCUUAAGAUGAUGAUGUGUACAACUAUUGGAAUAAGCGGUGAAUUGUGCUUCAAAAUUCGAUAACUUGUCUUUCCGUUUUGUGUGUGUGUGUUUUUUUUUAAUAAUUCACAUCAAUCAAUUUGUUUAACUAUCCAGUUUGAUAAUUUUGUAUUUUUUUUCUUAUUCUGUUUCUCACAUAAGUGUCAGUAACCGUGUAAAGCACAGAAAAGUAUCAGAAAAGAGCGAAGAACACUUCACGAAAUAAAUCCAAUUAGCUUAGUAAGAAGAUUUCGUUUUGCCAAUAGCAAAGAUAUUUGGUGCAGCCAUUUUGGUGGAACUAUUUUUACUAUUGCAAAUGAUAGACAAAGUGACAUAUAAAUGUCGUGUAUAUGUAGCGACCUGGAAGCAAGUACAGACGACAGUGAACAAGAGUACAAUUUUAUAUCGAUGUAGUAAGAACUAAUCCCUCAUGUAACGUGUGCAGUAGUACCUCUAUGUAUUUCAAGCUUCAAUACCUUUAACAUUCAAUAUCCCAAGAAGAAUUAGACCAUUCAGCCAAAAAUUGAGUUACUUCACUGACGUUCGUUUUCUUUUUUUUGCAUUUCGUACAAACACUUGCUAUAGACUUUCUUUUUUCAAUUGCACAAAACCGAUUGUGGAACAAACAACCGACAUUUAUUACAAAUACAAAACAACAACCACGUGUAACAGUUAAGCAAUAGAGAGUAGUAGAUGUAGCAGAUAAGAUGGUGGUAGAGAAAUAUAUUUGUUUAUUGCGUGUUUGUCACAGGUUUUCGUACACAAAUGUACUUUAAUUAUUCUUUCUAACUAUUCUUUUUUUUGGUCAUUAUGUAAAUGUAGUUUCUUUUCUACCAAUAUUCACACCGCUUUUACUCGUUAAAUGGAACUAUUGCAAAUGGUAUCAUAUGUAUUAGCACUAUUUAGAAAUUUAGAAAUAAAGAGCAGAUAAAACGUAUAUAAAUUUGUUUGUACA